AUGACCGGGACUCCCCAUUCAUAUGGCAGUGUCUGGCUCCAGGGCUUUUCUGCUUGUUGGUUCUCGGUUGGAACCGUAGAUGCGAUCCGCCUCCACCAAUUUGAGAAGCUGGAUUUGUUCUGGGCGAAUCCAUCGAAACCAGCUGCUGAGCCGGUUUCUCCAAAGAAGAAGGGGAUGUCACGGCCGUCGACGACGAGGCCAACGCUGACACCUCAAUUUUGUUUCAACCAGCGGGCGCUAAGAGACUUUCUACGCAUCUCACGAUCAACGAUUGAUGAUUCCAUCACGCAAAAUCUAAAUGCCCUCGUAACACCCGCAUUGCAGGGUUUCGACCCUACCUCUACCUCCGCCAGACGCACGGAUUUCCCCAACAACACCCAAAUCGAUUCCGAAAGCUGCCAGACAUUCAAGGAGAAAGUGCUUUUUCCUUCAUGGCAAGUGCGGUCUGAUGUGUUAAACUAUUGCGCCGGUGUUGCCACGAGCCCAGACCCCGAGGAUCCCGACUUGGUGUUACGCCAGGUUGAAUCCGCCAAAGAUAGGGAACGGAUAGUGGACGAGCGGUUGGAUCCGUACUCGGCGAGAUUCUUUCCUCGCGAAGCGCGCACAGAGUCGUUGGCGAUGCUCCUACGGAAUGAACGCGGAGUGGAGACCAUCAUACGCUCUAGAACUUGGGGAAUGGUGACUGAACGAUGUGGCAACUCCUUCGAAGGAUGGGAAGAGGCGCUGAAUCGAUGGCGGGAGCAACAGUCGCAAACAAAAUAG